ACUCUAAGAUUCGGAAGAGAGGCUCCGAUAUGGAAAUCAAAACUAAAAUACACAUGAAACUCAAAUAGAAAAUAUUUUAAGUACAAGACCGAUCUCUCGGCGUUUGAAGUAUUACAUCCCCUGGUUGUUUUCUUGGUGUAGUAAGCCGCUGGUUUCGGCUAACUCAAACAAGUAUUAGGAGAAAUGGAUUGCGUCGUUACGGGAGGAAACGUAAAAGUACUGGCCAAAUCCAUCCAGUCUCUGUCACGGAUCGGUGAUGAUCUGUAUGUGGAGCCUCAGCAGGAUGGGCUGGCCCUGCGGUCUGUCAACUCUUCUCGGUCGGCAUAUGCAUGCUUCCUGUUUGCACCUCUCUUCUUCAGCAGGUACUCUAUCCCAAGUGGGCCUGCCUUCCGCUGCAAGAUGGCAAUAAAGAGCGUGCAGGCCGUGUUCAGGUCUCUGGCGUCUCUGGAGAAGACAGUGGAAAAGUGUCACAUCGAGCUGGAUGAGCAGAAGAACCGCCUCACCUUCACUCUGCACUGCAAACAUGGUCUCCUGAAGACACAUAACCUGUCUUUCCAGGACAGCGAAAGCUUACAAGCAGUGUUUGAUAAAGACAGCUAUGCCAAUGAAUUCAGGUCCCAUCCCAGGCUGCUGGUGGACACGGUGGUUCACUUCCCUCAGUCUGUGGAUGAAGUGACUGUUUCAGUGAGCGAUGAACGUAUGUGGGUCAGGAACCACGUGGAGGAAGAAGCAGAACAGUCCAAGGCCAUGCUGACAGAGCUGUGUUUGGCGUCAGACGAGUUUGACCAUUUUGCUGUUAAAGCUCACAACAGCGUCACCUUUUGUCUGAAGGAGUUGCGGGGUUUGUUGGUGUUUGCAGAGUCGACUGGUCUCCCUAUUUCUAUGUACUUUGAUGAGCCAGGCAGCCCUGUGGUGCUUUCAGUAACAGACAGCGUCCUGGAGGGAAACUUUGUGCUGGCAACACUUUCUGAGGACUCCAACCACUGUAAAAACAACACGAGAAGAGCGCACACACAGCCGCCGCCCCCCCCUGAUGACUUCAUGAAUGACGACAUGGACUCGUAUAUCAUCGCCAUGGAUACCAGCAUGGCACCAGGUCCCUCAACUACAGGUCCACCCGCUGCCCCCUUCCACAAGUCCACAUGUUCAAAACAGCUGGCUGCAGCUAAUCACAGGCCGAGACUACACAGUGAGGAGGAGGAGGAGGAAGAAACAGAAGAUCUGGACAGACCGCCAAAUAAGAAGUUCUGUUCCCUGUUCUUUGGAUCGGUGCUUCCCCCAUCUUCUCAGAUGACGACUCAACCGGUGUCGAGUCAGGAAGUGUUAGCCAGUGACAGUGAAGAUGACUCUCAUGCAGAGUGACAGUGGACUGAAGAAUGAGAGGACAGAGAUGGACUUUUGUAAAAAAAAAAAGAGUGAAUGUGUUCGUACCUGCAGCACCAGGAAGGAAAAGGACAUGCCCAAACAUUAUUUUCCAUCUUCACAGGCCUGUACAAACGAGUGCAUGGUUCUUGUUCUUUUACAUGGGGGAUGAAUCACAAGACAGAGAACAGGAAGGGCACCACUUUUUAUUGGACUACAAUGUUUCAGGUGGAUUAUGUGAAACUGGAAACGAAGCACUUCCUGUUUAUUUUCAUUUAGAGUUUGUUCAGAAGUGAUCAAGGUGCCUCCCACAAAUAAAGAGAAAACAUAACUUUCAAA